CCGCGGAGGUGCCAUGAGCGGCAGAACUGCCUUGAGCGAGUGCCCGUUCACCGCGUGCAGGAGCCUGCACCCCGACCACCUGUGGAUCUGGCGGCCCAACGUGUAUGUGGACGAGAAUGACCGCACCUGGCUGCCCAUCAUCAUGGAGACAGAAAGCAGCCUCCAAGUCCUCAUGCGCCAGAUCGAGGUCUCCCGCGGGGAGGCCAUGCAGCCCAGCCGGCUGCCCCCCAGCAUGCUGCCCCUCAUGUGGCAGCUCUACCCUGGCAGGCGGUACCGCGCCUCCGACUCCAGCUUCUGGCGCAUCGUGUACCACAUCGAGCUGAACUCCCCCCCGCCCUAG